AUGUCACAAGAUCACGUGGCAGUUACAGGCACUUUUAUACCAGUCCCUACUGCCUUUGAUGGCACCCCAGAGGGUCUGGCGAAUGCUGUGAAGAUCGGGAUUGUACCGACGACUUCCGUGACACGCGAGUCAGGGAGGCAGGCGGAGCAGGUGUUAGAUGUAGCCAUAGUGACCCAUCGAGCAGUGAUCGACUUCGCGGCAGUGGAUACAAGCGAAAUAAUUUUCAAAAAGCUGGAACGUGACUGCGAGCUGAUGAAGGACGCCCUCGGCAACUAUCCUGAAGAGAUCAAUCAGGUGCUGAAGUUGGUCUGCAGUGGCCAGGCGACCACGCAGGCAAUCGAAUCUGCAGCUGCAGCCCUGGCCAAAUUGGACCUCACUGAAGAGGCAUUUCGCGAGCAGGGCGGUGGAUUUAUCGGAUUGGUGGUCGCCCUCGCAGUAUGUGUUUUUGUUGCCGGCUGCAGAGGCUGUGCCCAUACAAACUGGGCAGAGAGAGGUGGUGAGGGAGGAGAUGAGGGAACUGAUUAG